AUGAUGCUAUCGAUACUCACCGGAGCCUUUCUCGCUCUUGGGAGGGCAGAUGAAAUUAGAGACAGUGUCGAGAUAGAUUUCCAGGAUCCCGUUGGGAUCAAAGAAGAGCCACUAGAGCUGAAAUGCCGCUACCGACUGCCAGAAAGUUCGACACUUACCUCCAUUUAUUUCGCUCUUGGCGAAUACUCAGGUUCUUCUUUAAUAGACCCUGAAGAUAUAAUUGUCAGCGCUGAGGGUGUCAGUGGCAAAAGAAACUGGUACGGCGACUGGCCCGAGAAAUCGGAGCUUGAACACAACGAAGAUCUUGAUGGAUGGAGAGUGGCUGUUUUACGAAUUUUGUCAUCGUCACUCGAAUUCGAUCAAGCCAAGUUCACCUGUGGACUUACUGCACAAGAUAUUCCCCGACCAAUAUCCAGUGAAGCAGUAGUCACAGCAGAAGUUCAAGUCCGUCCCGAUGAAAUCCUGUUUCAGCACGACAUCAAGGAAAAAACUCUUUUUGUCUCUUGUGGUGCAGAGAAUGGGAAGCCAUACGCAAGCGCAAGCAUUAUCAUUGAUGAGAAGCUUGGACGAACAAUCAAUGGAAAUGAUCUCGUGAAUGCUUCGUAUCAGUUGACCAAAGCUUUUGACGGAAAGGCUGUCACUUGCGAAGUCGCACAUCCGACAUACGUUGAUGGCUCCAUUGUGCAAGAAUUCAGGCUUGGGGCACCAAAGCCAAGUAGCAGCUGUGGCCAAACUCAAACAGAAACGUGCGAAACAGUCGAAACCGGGGAACUGGCUAUUGUUGCCGUAGAAAUGACACGUGAAGGCGACCAGUGUUCCUUCUACGUGAGCUCCUCAUCGCCUGUUCUCCAGCCUCCGGCGACUCUUAGGUGGGAAGGCCCUGAAGAAGACCCCAGCUUUGAGUUCGAUAGUAAAGUUGCUAAUUCAGUGAACUUUACUACAUCCGCAUUCGAUAAUACUACUGCCGUAACAGUUGUCGCGGAAUCAAUCCUUGGUGCAAGUGCAGUGGCAUUUGUCUUUAGAGAUCACUGCCUUCCGAUUCCGACUACCACGGCUGCGGUAAGUGAGACAACCACGGUUGUCAAUGACGUGACUACUGGAGGGCAUCGGCCAUCGAACGACUAUGAAUCAGUUGUUCUCGAAGGGCAGGGGCGAUCUGCCGGCUCGUUCAGUUUGGGUAGAAUCAUUAAUUUCAUUCUGUUCGUAAAUAUGAAUUUAACUGAUCUUAACCGACCUCUUGACCCGGGUCUUGAGGAUGAAAUCUUUUAUACGGUAAGCCCUGAAGAUGAAGCUGAAAUGGCCGGGGCUAUUGUUGCUGCGAUUGUACUUGGAUCACUUGCCGUUGUUUUUAUUAUUGCUGCUGCCAUUUAUUUCAUGUGCUUCAACAAACACGAGGAAGCUUAUCGACCAAAUGAAAAAGACUCUGAUCUUGAUGAUAUUACCUCUUCCGUGGACUUGAACGAAGUGGCGGAGACAAAAAAGACAGCUUCGGUUAAACGCUCGAAAAGCGGAACUUGGAACGUCCCGAAUGGCGAAGAAAACGCAUCCUUAUUAGCCAAUUCGAGCUCACUCCACUCAGCUCCAAAAAGAACAACCUCAACACAAACUUUGCCCGAAUCAGAAAAGUACGACCAGACAGUGACACUAAAAGAAAAUGCAGUCUUUGCCUCCACGGAAUCCGUCCAUGUUUAA